ACAUCGUUGAAGGCAGCUCUGUCAGGAGCCCACUGUAUAUGAGCCAUGCUGAAGAUCUGAGACUGGGGACUGGAGGUUGGGCGAGGAAAAAAUCACCACAUCUGUCAUUGUGAUGGGUUUUUUGCUUUAAAAAGAUAUUUUACUGUCUAAUGCAGCCCUCGCAUAAAUUAUGCUCACUCCACUCUCUUUAGCUGCACUCUAUCACGCCUGCCUCCUCACCACUGGCCCUUUUAGCUGGAUUAGAACAAGGGGACAAUGUUGGGCCUGCCCCCCUCAGCCAGCCAUGGCGCCUCUGACGCCUCUCACAUCAGCAUAGAUGGGGCAUGGGCUGUGGCAGAGGUGGGAGCUGUGGCCAGAGGGCCUGAAGAGUCAGUGGUUGUCGAGGCCCAACGGGGACACACUGCUCUGGAGCAGCUGCAGCAGAAGAUCUUGAAGAUCACUGAGCAGAUUCGGAUAGAACAGGAGGCACGAGAUGACAACAUGGCUGAGUACUUCAAGCUGGCCCACAAUGCCAAUAGGCAUCAGGCUUUCCGUAUCAGACAGGUGUUUGAAAAGAAGAACCAGAAGUCUGUACAGACCAUCACCCACCUGCACAAGAAGCUAGAGCAUUAUCACAAGAAGUUGAAGGAGCUACAGCAGGUGUGUCAUGGUCUAGGCCAGCAGCAUAAGGAUGUGCUGGUGGACAUGCAGCAGGGGCUGAAGGAUGUAGGGGCCAACAUACGAGCAGGGAUCAGUGGCUUUGGUGGAGGUGUGCUGGAGGGGGUCAAAGGAGGGGUGUCAGAACUCACCCAUACUGCUGUGGUAUCUAAGCCAACAGAGUUUGCCAGCUUGAUCUGCAACAAAUUUGACAGCACAGACACCAUAGAGGACGCUGUAGAGGGGCAUUCAGAUGACGCACCCCUGAGUGGCAGCUUCACCUUGGCCUCCAGCCCCAAGUACGGCAGUGAUGACGAGUGCUCCAGUGACGGUAGUGAUGACGAGUGCUCCGGGGCUGGGGGACAAGAGGGGAUGUUAGGGCUGGGGCCAGCCAGGCUGGAUGGGCACCACCGUCACAGUUCCUGGGACGCCCAGCUGGUAGACCUGCAGGAGAUCAAAGCCAGCCAGGCCCACAUGGAGGACGCCAUCGAGGACAUGAAGAGUCAGCUGCAGAGUGACUACUCCUACAUGAACCAGUGCCUGCAGGAGGAGAGAUACAGGUAUGAGCGACUGGGAGAGCAGCUGAAUGACCUGACAGAGCUGCACCAGAAGGAGAUGUCCAACCUGAAACAUGAGCUGGCCAGCAUGGAGGAGAAAGUGGCCUACCAGUCUGAUGAGAUAACCCGAGACUCUCAGGAAGCGGUGGAGUCGUGCCUGACCCGCAUCACUAAGUUGGAGCUCCAGCAGCAGCAGCAGCAGGUGGUGCAGUUGGAGGGCGUGGAGAACGCCAACGCCCGCGCCCUGCUGGGAAAACUCAUCAACAUCAUCCUGGCACUCAUGGCCGUAGUGCUGGUGUUCAUCUCCACCCCAGCCAACUUCAUCACUCCGCUCAUAAAGACCCAAGAUCGGGGGGCCGCCACCAUCCUACUGGCACUUUCUCUGUUCGUCCUUUGGAAGCACUGGGACUUCCUGGUGCUCUGGCUACUGCCAGGCUGAGCCCUCCACAAGCCAACACCUACACACAUUGUUUAAACUUGACCUACCACCUAUAAGAUAUAAAAUAAAUAUUGAUACACAUGUGGCUGAGAAGAUAAGCUUUAAAAAAAUACAUAUUUUUCAACACAAAUUGUACCUGCAAUUAAUCCAAAUAUUUUUAAACAAUAUACAGAAUAUAAAAUGUUUUUUUCAUCUCAUUAAAUUGGGAAAAUUACUUCCCCAGUAACAAAUGUAGGCCAAGGAAAGCCUACACUGCUGCCUGCAACAUUGAAUAAUUCCAGAAUGCCUGACUCAUUAUUCUGAUUUUGAAGGCAGCUAAUAAUUUUUUUGUAAUCAAUUUAAUUCAGCACUUAAUCAGAUCCACGAGGAGCCUAAUGAAUAAUUCAGUGUCGUCCUCUGAGAACCUCCUGGGGUCAAAGACGAACGCUUUUCUGACAGGCAGCUAGCUAGCUGCGUCACACAACCGCCACACUGCUGCACACCUCAGCAAGAAUAGAAUCUGAACUUAAUAGUUGCCUGCCCUACAAUAGCUUGCUUGAAUUUGGAGACUGAGCAAUUAGACUAUAGGCUGCCGCAGUGCAAUAUACUGUAUAUGAUAUCUAGAGGUGGUUGUGGUUUCAACACUAUGGUCUAGUGUGGAACACAGUUGUGUAAAUAUGUUAUUUGAUUGUGGGUGUAAGUUGAGUUUAAAUAAAAAAUCAAUAGGCCUACAGAGCAAGCCUAGGUGGAAUUGGCCUGUCUGACCUACUUUUCUAGGCUACAUGCUCUCCACAGGCAAAUUCUGAUGAAAAUGGCCUUUUCUGACAGUCUACCUUUCUAGUUUUUCCCACAGCCUGUGAUUGGUGCAUGCGUAGGAGCAUUGCCAUGGCUAGGCUAUAUGCUGUUACAGGCGAGAGCUGCGGUAGUUGUGGGGGUGGUGGUUUAGCUCACAGAUGCAUCACUAUGCAUCUACAUUCUCAUCCAGUGUUGACUCUAACCAUAAGUGUUUAUUCUAUCUCUAAAUUCAUUAAAGGCC